UUCGCUAAGUAUCGUUAAGGAGCCGGGACCACUACUCGGUCGGCCGGUGCGACCACGGUAAUGCGUGGAAAGAAGGGAAGGCGAGCAGGGUGCUACUGCGUACGACGUGGUGGUGACUGGUGAGGCUGAUUGGACUGGAUUCUCCCCCGACUCAUUCAAUCUCUGCAUCCUUCGAUCGCGUGCGGUGAGUCGCAGAAUUUGCAAUUUCGGAAUUUGUGCUGAGCGAUGGCAGCGACAGGGGCCGUGGUCUCGGUUACAGGCGUCUGCUGGGAGGCAUGUUUCCAGCCGCAGCGGAAUAGGAGAGUUAGCGCGACGAAAUUGCAGUCGUCCUCUGCCGAUGCUGUCGUUGGCUUCUCCCGAAAAUGCAGAGUGGAAGGAGCGACUCUGAUGUCCAGUUGCAGCAGUGCAGUGAAACCUUCCUCCUCGUCGGUUUCUUCAUGCUCUUCGAAGCCUCAGCAACACCACGGGCGGAGAGGCCGAGCGUUUGCGACUAUGGCAACAAUGGCUGAGUCACCCGUGGCAUCCGAGCUGGAGAAGGUCGGGGAUGUGCUCCUGGAAGUCAGGGGAUUGUGCGCUGUGGUGGAAGCCACUGGCAAGGAGAUUUUGCGUGGUGUGGAUCUCACCGUUCGACAAGGAGAGGUGCAUGCUAUCAUGGGCAAGAAUGGUUCGGGGAAGAGCACGUUGUCCAAGGUACUGGUGGGUCACCCAGAUUACUUGGUCACAAGUGGCACAGCAACCUACAAAGGAGAAAAUCUUUUUGACAAAGAGCCUGAAGAAAGGAGCCAUGCUGGACUUUUUUUGAGUUUCCAGUCUCCAGUUGAAAUCCCUGGAGUAAGCAACAUGGAUUUCUUACGGAUGGCCUGCAACGCCCGUCGCUCAUCCCUCGGGCUUCCAGAGUUCGGUCCUCUUGAGUUUUAUGGAUUUCUAUCUCCGAAGUUGGCUGCACUGAAUAUGGAUCCAAGCUUUCUGGAUCGCAAUGUGAACGAAGGUUUCAGUGGUGGUGAAAAGAAGCGUAAUGAAAUUUUGCAACUAGCGGUGUUGGAGGCAGACAUGGCUAUAUUGGAUGAGAUAGAUUCUGGCUUAGAUGUGGACGCCUUGAGGGAUGUUGCUGCAGCCGUAAAUGGCCUGAGAAAGUCAGACAAUGCGGUUCUUAUGAUUACCCAUUAUCAGAGGCUUCUGGACUACAUCAAACCCACAUACGUUCAUAUUAUGGAAGCAGGGCGCAUCGUAAAGACGGGCGAUAGUUCUCUAGCUUUACAAUUGGAGGCAGGGGGAUAUGAAGCUCUGAAGGAGUCGGCUUGAGAUUGUGCCUCUGGGCGAAUGUAUUGUAAUUUUAUUGCGAUCUCUGAGCGAAUUGUCAAAAGAAAACGGGCAUUCUUUGCCCUCGGUGAUGUAACACUAUCUCAUUCUCUUAGGAAAUUUUCCGAGAGGAUCAGGAGGAGAGCAUAGGACCAAAUAGUGGAAUCCCAAUUCGAAGCCACCCACUAAGCUACAGGCGAAUUUCACAAUUGAUAUGUUGAGCGCACAAUCAUCAACGCGAUAGAUGUUGAAAGUCCUGUAGGUGAGUUUUUGUCCGAUACUAAGAACAUUUCGAUCACGCGUCUAAUCUUUAUGUAAAAGGAGCUUCUCGAUCACCUCUCGUAAAUAAAACUGCUGGAGAGAUUUGGACUUGCAGGUACCAAUAUGCUUUGUUCCUCCUCGUUUACACAAUACUACCUUCAAUGUGGGUCUGAUUUUGACAAGGUUUUACAUUUUAGGUCACGAGAUGCCGAAGUUAAAGACACGUUUGAGGCAGUUAGUAGCAGCCGAUGGUGGAAAGUUGGCUUUUGAAGAUAUCAAAU